AUGUCCACGACAGAGAGGUCCAAGAAAGAGAGGUCCACGACAGAGAGGUCCAAGGCAGAGAGGUCCAAGACAGAGAGGUCCAAGACAGAGAGGUCCACGACAGAGAGGUCCAAGACAGAGAGGUCCACGACAGAGAGGUCCACGGCAGAGAGGUCCACGACAGAGAGGUCCACGGCAGAGAGGUCCACGACAGAGAGGUUCACGUCAGAGAGGUCCGCUGAAGAGCGGUCCAAGGCAGAGAGGUCCACGACAGAGAGGUCCGCGGAAGAGGGGUCCACGGCAGAGAGGUCCACGACAGAGAGGUCCAAUGCAGAGAGGUCCACGACAGAGAGGUCCAAGGCAGAGAGGUCCAAGGCAGACAGGUCCACGACAAAGAGGUCCAAGACAGAGAGGUCCACGACAGAGAGGUCCAAGACAAAGAGGUCCACGACAGAGAGGUCCACGGCAGAGGUCCACGACAGAGAGGUCCACGGCAGAGAGGUCCACGGCAGAGAGGUCCACGGAAGAGAGGUCCGCGGAAGAGGGGUCCAAAGCAGAGAGGUCCGCGGAAGAGGGACCACGGAAGAGGGGUCCACGGAAGAGGGGUCCACGAAAGAGAGGUCCACGAAAGAGAGGUCCGCUGAAGAGGGGUCCGCGGAAGAGGGGUCCACGGAAGAGAGGUUUACUAAAGAGAGGUCCGCUGAAGAGGGGUCCGCUGAAGAGAGGUCCACGAAAGAGAGGUCCGCGGAAGAGGGGUCCACGGAAGAGGGGUCCACGGAAGAGAGGUCCACGAAAGAGAGGUCCGCGGAAGAGGGGUCCAAGGCAGAGAGGUCCGCGGAAGAGCGUUCCAAGGAAUAG